UGCAAACCUUUUUGCUUGUUGGACUGAAAGCACGAUAUGACCAAGAUGAUUCCUGCAGUUACUCUCUACAACGGAGCCCAGAUGCCUACAGUUGGUCUGGGAACGUGGAGGGCAGAACCAGGGAAGGCGAGCGAGGCUGUGAAAGUGGCUUUGAGCUGUGGCUACAGACACAUCGAUGGUGCCUUCGUGUACCAGAACGAAGAGGAAGUCGGUGCUGGGAUCCAUGCUAUGAUUGACCAAGGAGUGGUUCAAAGGGAGGAUUUAUUUAUUGCCAGUAAGUUAUGGUGCACAUUUCACGUUCCGUCCCUGGUGAGGGGAGCAUGUGAGAGGAGUCUCUGUGAUCUGAAACUGGACUACCUGGACCUUUACCUUAUUCACUUCCCGAUAGGGAUGCAGCCUGGGGAUGAAAUGUUUCCAGAGGAUGAGAACAACCAAAUUAUUAGUGAUGGCAGUUCCUUCUUAGACACUUGGGAGGCCAUGGAGCAGCUGGUGGACGACGGUUUGGUCAGAGCUGUGGGCAUCUCCAACUUCAAUAAAGACCAGAUUGAAGCCAUCCUCAACAAACCAGGCCUUAAGUACAAACCUGCCAACAACCAGAUUGAGUGCCAUCCUUAUCUGACCCAAGAGAAGCUAAUCAACUAUUGCCACUCGAAGGGCAUCUCUGUGACGGCGUACAGCCCUCUGGGCUCCCCUGACAGACCCUGGGCCACCCCUGAUGAUCCCAGUCUUCUAGAAGAUCCUACAAUCCUGGCUAUCGCUAGAAAGUACAAGAAGACUUCAGCACAAGUUCUCAUGAGGUUCCAUACUCAGAGGAAUGUGGCGGUCAUCGCAAAGUCAGCGACACCUCAUCGGAUCAAAGAGAACAUCCAGCUGUUUGACUUUGAGUUGAGCGAAGAGGACAUGAAAACCCUUCUGAGUUUGAGCAAGAGCUGGAGAGGAUUCCCAGCAAAGUGGGCUUCUAAGCACAAGGACUACCCAUUUAAUACAGAAUACUAACAUAAGA